UGGCUCCGCGGCGCCGGCAGGACCUGACCCAGCUGCGCCAAGCGCCCACCCGGAGGUCCCUGAAGGUGGAAGGGGGCCGGACGGGGAGGAGCCGAGGGGCGGGCGCAGCGGACGCCCGCAGCCGCGAGCCGGGGCCGCCGGGUCCCGAGCGUCCAGCAGUCCCGGGGCUGGAGAUCCGCGGCAUUCCGGCGACGGGGACCGGAGGAGCCCGCCUGCACCCCGCGCGCGCAGGGGCGGUGCCUCCUGCUGACCCGCCCAGCGCUUGGAGGAGGUGGUUCUGCUGGGCGGUGAGGCCGCGGUCCCGCCGCUGCUGUCCAUGGCUGUCCACCUUCCUUCUCAAGUCACAGGUGGGCUGCUCAGGUGAGAGCCGCCUGCAAGUGGGCCGAGCCCGCGGCGCAGGUGGGCGGCCUCGCUGACCUGGCGCCGGGGGCGUAGCUGCUCGACGCGGUGCGGAGGAUGCGCCGGCCCCGGAGCUGCUCCUACCAGCUGCUGCUGGCGCACGGGCGCCCCGGACGCGUGCAAGGGCUUCGCUGGACGCCGCUCACCACCAGCCAGGAGUCCCUGGAUUUCAGCGGGAGCCUGGAGCAGGCCUCCACGGAGCGAGUCCUCAGGGCUGGGAAGCAGCUGCACCGGCACCUCCUGGCCGCCUGUCCGGGCCUCAUCCGUGACAGGAAGCACCACCUGAGGCUCUACCGGCAGUGCUGCUCCGGCCGGGAGCUGGUGGACGGGAUCCUGGCUCUGGGGCUGGCGGUGCACUCACGGAGCCAGGCUGUGGGCGUGUGCCAGGUGCUGCUCGAUGAAGGCGCCUUGUGCCACGUGAGACACGACUGGGCCUUCCAGGACCGCGAUGCUCAGUUCUACCGCUUCCCUGGGCCGGAGCCGGAGCCCGCCGGCAGGCCCGAGGUGGAGGAGGAUCUGCUGGAGGCUGUGGCUCUGCUGGCCCAGCGGGGGCCCGACGCCCUGCUCACCGUGGCCCUUCGGAAGCCCCCGGCUCAGCGCACGCACGAGGAGCUGGAGCUCAUCUUCGAGGAGCUGCUGCACAUCAAGGCUGUGGCUCACCUGUCCAACUCGGUGAAGCGCGAGCUGGCGGCCGUGCUGCUGUUUGAGCCGCACAGCAAGGCGGGCACUGUGUUGUUCAGCCAGGGGGACAAGGGCACCUCGUGGUACAUCAUCUGGAAGGGGUCUGUCAACGUGGUCACCCAUGGCAAGGGGCUGGUGACCACCCUGCACGAGGGAGACGACUUUGGACAGCUGGCCCUGGUAAACGACGCCCCCCGCGCGGCCACCAUCGUCCUGCGGGAGGACAGCUGUCACUUCCUGCGCGUGGACAAGCAGGACUUCAAUCGCAUCAUCAAGGACGUGGAAGCGAAGACCAUGCGGCUGGAAGAGCACGGCAAGGUGGUGCUGGUGCUGGAGAGAGCCUCCCAGGGCGCCGGCCCUGCUUGCCCCCCGACCCCAGGCCGGACCCGGUACACGGUGAUGUCCGGCACCCCAGAGAAGAUCCUUGAGCUCCUACUGGAGGCCAUGCGGCCCGAUUCCAGCACCCACGACCCUACAGAGACCUUCCUCAGCGACUUCCUGCUGACCCACAGCGUCUUCAUGCCCAGCGCCCAGCUCUGCCCUGCGCUGCUGCACCACUUCCACGCGGAGCCUGCGGGCAGCAGUGAGCAGGAACACAGCUCCUACGUGUGCAACAAGAGGCAGCAGAUCCUACGGCUGGUCAGCCAGUGGGUGGCCCUGUACGGCCCCAUGCUCCACGCAGACCCCGUGGCCUCCAGCUUCCUCCAGAGACUGUCCGAGCUGGUGAGUGAGGACGUCCAGUUGAGCAGCCUGCUGAGGGGGCAGUGGCCAGAGAGGCGGCGACACCACAGGCUGGAAAACGGCUGCGGGAACGCCUCUCCUCAGACGAAGGCCCAGAACGCACCUGUCUGGCUCCCCGGCCAUGACGAGCUCCUGGCCAGCAGCAACUGUGCCAUCCGGGCUGGGGACAAAGUCCCCUACGAUAUCUACCGGCCCGACCACUCGGGGCUGACCCUGCAGCUGCCCGUGACGGCCUCUGUGCGAGAGGUGCUGGUGGCCUUGGCUCAGGAGGACGGCGGGACCAGGGGGCAGGUGUUGGUGAAGGUCAACUCUGCAGGAGAUGCUGUGGGCUUGCAGCCAGAUGCCCGCGGUGUGGCCACAUCCCUGGGGCUCAAUGAGCGGCUCUUUGUGGUCGACCCACAGCAAGUGCAUGAGCUGCACCCUCGUCCCACCCUGUGCUCUCGCUUGCAGAGUCCACACCCUGAACAGCUGGGGCCCACGGUGGGCUCAGCUGAGGCGCUGGAGCUAGUGAGCGCCAAGGACCUGGCCAGUCAGCUGACCGAGCAGGACAGGGACCUCUUCUACAGCGUCCACCAGGUGGAGCUGAUCCACUACGUGCUGGGCCCCCAGCACCUGCGUGACGUCACCACUGCCAACCUGGAGCGCUUCAUGCGCCGCUUCAACGAGCUGCAGUACUGGGUGGCCACGGAGCUGUGCCUCUGCCUCCUGCCCGGCCCGCGGGCUCAGCUGCUCAGGAAGUUCAUCAAGCUGGCUGCCCAGUCUCUGCUCCUCUGCUCACAGCCUCAAGGAGCAGAAGAACCUCAAUUCUUUCUUUGCCGUGAUGUUUGGUCUCAGCAACUCGGCCAUCAGCCGCCUGGCCCACACCUGGGAGCGGUUGCCCCAGAAGGUGCGGAAGCUGCACUCCGCCCUCGAGAGGCUGCUGGACCCCUCCUGGAACCACCGAGCCUACCGUGUGGCCCUGGCCAAGCUCUCCCCUCCCAUCAUCCCCUUCAUGCCCCUCCUCCUCAAAGACAUGACCUUCAUCCACGAGGGCAACCGCACGCUGGUGGAGAACCUCAUCAACUUCGAGAAGAUG